CUAUCUCCUGUUCUGUGAUUGGUCAGUCAACUGCACAAUCUAUAAUCUGAUUGGUCGGACGAAUAGCACAGCUGUAAAAUCCCCCGGAUGUGCCACCUCUACACUUUCCAAGAUGGCCGUGCCCACUUCUGUGUCCUUUCUACUGGCAUCCACCCUGUGUAUCCUGCUAUUUGCAGGAAUGCAGAUGUACAAGGUCCAGCUGGCCUCCAAGGAGUGGCUGACUAUCCUCGGAGGUUUCCUGGGCUCCAACCUCUUCAUCUUUGUCCUUACCGCCACAAGCAACUUUGAAAGUUGGCUGUUUGGUCGUGGCUUCCAAGCCAAGGUGUUCCCAGAAGUUCUGUUUGCUCUAGCUGUUGCCAUGUUUGCUUCAGGACUGGUACACCGAGUGUGUGUCACAACAUGUUUCAUCUUCUCCUUGGUGGCUCUUUACUACGUAAACAAGGUCUCAGCAUCCAAGUACGCACCAAUCGCCACUCCCAGCAAACCUGCCAAGGAAACAAAGAAGAGGAAAUAGACUCGCCCUUAGCAGUGGUCCCAACAGGCCUGCACACCCCCUGUGCUGUCUAGUGGUUCAUGCUGCCUGAAGGAUUCUUGGGAAAACUGGACCACUUGAUUUAACAUUUUGGGGGUGGUCAGAUCUGACAGACAUUGCUGUAAGAGUAGUUACUCCAAUCCCCCUGCCUGUUGCUACAAAAAUAGAUGAGUUUGAAUACUGCUUUGGCUAUGUACUUUAACAAUACAAUAGGAAACAUUCUGAAGGAAUAUUAAAUAAGAAUCUGAAAUACAUUUGUAGAAAAGCAUUUUUAUUAUUACCAAGGGUAAUUUCUGGUCACAUUCUGGUAUCUAAACCAACAGAACUGAAUGCUUCAGUUGUUAGUAAAUGCACUGUUUGUAUUCCAUCUCAUCUAGAUGACAACUGGCAGCUAGGGACUUUUUAUCAAUCAAAAACCUAAAGACUUUUCCUAAACUUCUCUUAAAUCAUCUAGCAGUAAGCCAGUCGGAAUAGAUUUUAUAGCAAAGGCUCUCAGCCAGCCUGCACGUCUCUCUCAUUAUGAAGAGCCCUAGCGCUAAAUUAGUGUUUUUAUGACAUAUCAUCAUCUAUUGCUAGAUACCCCACCUAAACAGAACAUGUACAUUUUGUAUAAAGAGUGGGUUGUAGAUUAUGUACAUUCUGUGUUGGGAAACGAGUGCACGGUCUUCUGUACUAGUUCCUGUAUGUGGCUAGCUUAACAGAAACAUUACUCCAACUCUUUCUACCAGGACUUCUGCACCAGUCAGUGUCAAUCUUCAAGAAUGGUGCCUCUAACUCAUUAUAGGGGGAUUGCAUUUCUAAGAAUCACAUGUUAAGUUGACAGAUGUCUGUUUAGCAUAACUGAUUUUGGUGUCAUAUCUACCUCGACCUACUCUUUGUUGAAUUGCAUGUUUUGGCUACACAAGCGAGGUUAUCCCCGACGAUGGUUGAUAGACAUCACUUAUGUACUUAGAUAUCAGAUUCCUCUAUUAUUCCCUUACAUGAAGACUGGAGAAGUUGCUGCAUAAUGGUAUUCCGGACAGCUGUCCUUUGUGUUCUACAUGGUCGACACUUUUUAUUUUCAAAUGAACACAUCAAACUUACUGACAAAAAAGAGCACAAAGGACUGCUGUCUGAAUGUCUCAGCCCCCUUAUAGAUGACAUUGACUUUGAAAAGAUUGGGAGGGUCCCUAACGCUAAGAUAAGUAUAUGUUUUAUGUCCCGUGGGUAUCGCUAUAUUUUGUAUGAUGAUUUGUCCUCUUUGUUUGUUGCUGUUUGUAACAUUCCAAUGUUUUGUUCAUUUUUUGUUUUGGUUUUUUUGGAUAACAAGAAAAGACACAAAAAAAGAAAAAGAAACUAUGUAAUCAAAAAAGUGAUUUUCUAAGCAAACAAAAUAAUACUUGAUAAUUGCA